AUGCGUGUGCACGCCUUCUUACUGCCUUUGAUUGCGCUCUCUGUCGAUGCUGUCAAACCUUACUGCCCUCUGCUCGGGCCGAUAUUCCCACCCCCGAGAUCUCUCGUCAACAGCCCGGAAAUAGCAGCAGCUAAGAGACAAAUUACUCUUGUCAUCGAAGAUGCUAUCAGUGCAGGCAAUCUCACCGAUUCAAUCUCGCUCCAAAUAUUCUCCGGGAGCGACAAUGAUUCAAUUUUCCGAUACUCUUACUCGGCUCCUGUUACUUCAAGUGCAACAAUGGGUGUCAAGAAGGUGUCGGAGGAUACCGUCUUUCGCAUCGGAAGCGGCUCCAAACUAUGGACGAUGUUUAUGUUCCUUCUGGAAACUGACGGCGACGUUUUCACUGACCCAAUUACGAAAUACGUCCCCAGUCUAUCGACCACUUCCAACGCCACCCGCAAAUUCACAGGCAAAAUAGACCAUAUCCAGUGGGACGGUGUGACUGUCGGAGAGCUAGCAAGUCACCUCGCUGGCAUCCCAAGAGACUACGGAUUCGGCGACAUGGCUGUCACAGAGACUGCGCUUCAAAAGCUCGAGAAAAUGGGCUUCCCCGUUCUUCAAGGGUCUGAGAUACCACCAUGUGGACGUGAGAGCGCCUGUAGUGGGGCAAAUUUUAUCAACGGAAUGCUCGAGUCGCAUCCGCUCGUGACUACUUCCUGGACUCCCAUCUACUCAAACGCAGCCUAUGAAAUUCUGGGGUACGCGCUCGAGAACGUCACAGGGAAGUCUUAUCGGAUCUUAUUGGAAGAGGGUCUUAUCGAGCCGCUUGGCUUGACACGUUCAAGCUAUAGCAAGCCCGAUGACAAGUAUGGCGUUAUUCCGGGUACAUGGACCGAGAAUUACUGGAACGUCACAGUCGGCGACGAAACCCCUGCGGGAGGGUUGUACUCCUCUGCAAAGGACAUGGCUGCGGUCGGUCGGGCGAUCCUGAAACACACUCUGUUGACUGCCGCCGAGACAAGACGAUGGAUGAAGCCAUCUUCUCACACUGCCUCUCUGGAUGCCAGCAUUGGUCAUCCAUGGGAGAUUCUAUCGCUUUCGGAGCCCCGUGUCAUUGAUCUCUAUACCAAAUCCGGGGAUCUAGGCUGGUACUCGUCUAUGCUCGCCCUGUCUCCCGACCACAACGCUGGCUUCACUAUUCUUUCCGCUGGUGAAACAUCAACUGCUACAGUCACCCUUCUCUCGGAUCAAAUUACAGAUGUCCUCAUCCCAGCACUUGAGGCAGCCGCCAAGAGCCAAGCUCAGAAAAGGUUUGCAGGAACAUACAGUCUGGGAGGCUCGAACAUUACAAUUUCCUCCGAGGAAGAGGCUCCGGGCUUGAAAGUUUCCGCUUGGAACCUUGCAUCGAACAACAUGUUCGAUACGAUUGCCUCUCUCAAGUCGUCAGACCCUUCUUCGAUUGACAUCCGGUUGUAUCCCAGCGGUAUUGAAGUGCCCGGACAAAUCGGCUUUCAAGCAGUAAUACAAUCCCUGCCAGCUACCAAAAGCACCGGCUUAUUCUCUGGAGCUUGCAUAACUUGGGAAACUAAUGACGCACUCGUAUAUGGACAUGUUGGACUGGAUUCGUUUCUCUUCAAUGUUAAUCGUGAAGGUCAAGCCGUAAGUGUGGUUCCAAGAGCCCUACGACUUUCUCUUCCAAGGCUGUAG